AAUGACGUUUAUUUCGUCUGUAAUCCCGAUAAAUGGCGCUGAAAAAUGUCACGAUCACGUACACACGCUAGCCGAGAACGUGCUUAAUCAAACAUGAGUUUCAUUGGGACGCACUAGUCCGUCUCUCCUUCGAAUUGCAAUUCCAGCCGGCAAUUAUCAUGAACAUCGAUGAGUUUCAAGUACGCGGCAAGGAGAUGAUCGAGUACAUUUGCGAGUAUCUCCGCACACUGGAAGGCAAAAGAGUGACGGCGAACGUGGAUCCAGGCUACCUAAGACCUCUGUUGCCCAAAGAAGCGCCAGCGAAGGGAGAAUCAUGGGAUUCCAUAAUGAGGGAUGUCAACAGCAAAAUAAUGCCCGGGAUCACACACUGGCAACAUCCACGUUUCCACGCCUACUUUCCAGCGGGAAACUCGUUCCCCUCGAUCCUCGGGGACAUGCUGUCGGACGCAAUCGGCUGCAUAGGUUUCUCUUGGGCAGCCAGCCCAGCCUGCACGGAACUGGAAACGAUCGUUCUCGACUGGUACGCAAAAGCGAUAGACCUUCCAACGGAGUUCCUGUCCGAGCACAAAAGCUCGAAGGGCGGUGGGGUGAUACAAGGGUCUGCCUCCGAGUGUAUUUUGGUCACCAUGCUGGCGGCACGAACCCAAGCGAUUCGAACCCUGAAGGAACAAGACCCGAACACCGAGGAUUCGGCCUUUCUGCCACGACUGGUUGCCUAUUGCUCCACAGAGGCUCACUCUUGCGUAGAGAAAGCGGCGAUGAUCAGUUUGGUGAAGCUUCGAGUUUUGGAACCGGAUGAGAAAGGUUCUCUGCGAGGUAAACGACUGGAAUCCGCGAUUCGAGAAGAUGUGGCGAACGGUUUGGUACCGUUCUUCGUCUCGACCACGCUCGGCACUACCGGAUCAUGUGCGUUCGAUAAUCUAGUCGAGAUUGGACCAGUGUGCAAGAUCUAUCCUAACGUCUGGCUACAUGUUGACGGUGCUUACGCUGGGAACGCGUUUAUUUGCCCGGAAAUGAGGCCCCUGAUGACGGGUAUCGAGAACGCGGAUUCGUUCAACACGAAUCCCAACAAGUGGUUGCUCGUCAACUUUGACUGUUCCUGUCUUUGGGUACGGGACCGAGUGAAACUCACGUCGGCACUCGUCGUCGAUCCCCUGUAUCUCCAGCAUGCUAGAUCUGGAGAGUCUAUAGACUAUCGCCAUUGGGGAAUACCUCUGAGCAGAAGAUUCAGAGCGCUGAAGUUGUGGUUCGUGAUGAGAUCGUAUGGGAUUACGGGCUUACAGAAGUACAUAAGGAACCAUAUUAGGCUAGCAAGACGAUUCGAGACUCUGAUGAGGAGGGAUAAGAGAUUCGAGAUCACAAACGAUGUGAGAGUAGGCCUGGUCUGCUUCAGAUUGAAGGAGAGCGAUGAAAUAAACCAGGAACUAUUGGCCAAUAUCAACGCCUCUGGCAGACUUCACAUGAUCCCAGCCAGAGUGAUGGGCAAGUACAUCCUGAGAUUCUGCGUGAUCAAAGAGAAUGCUACAGAUGACGAUAUAGAUUAUGCCGUGGACGUGAUCGAGGAACACGCGACAGAGGUUAUGCUAGCUCAUUAUGAGGGAACCGAAGACGAGUUCAGAGCUAAAGGACCAAAGAGUCCUGCAGCCUUGGACAAGAAGCUGGUGCGCAAGUUCAGCUUCACCAGGAGCGUCACCAGGGACGUUUACAAAAGAUCCAUCUCAAAGUCGAGUCUCCACGACGGUGCUACGCCCAUCAUGGUCGUUGACGAUAACUCGCAGGUCGAUACCAUCGAGGAAGACGUUUUUUGCAACAGCAGGUAGACCGCACCUCAGCUCACGGUGCCCAAGAGGAGGGACCAGCUGCAAUCGCUGCCGUGAGCUGCUGA